AUGUCGACUCUGCCACGGAGCACAUACAGCGGUCGAUCAUGGAGAGAUCCUUCACCGUCACCGACACCAAUUGGUAGGCGAACCCUUUCCACUAACGUUCGCCGUCUUCACGAUGCUCUCAACAACUUACUCAAUGAAGGAGAUCGGGCAUAUUUUGUGCAUGCACUGAACGACUACCAUGCUCGGCGGAAUGUGUAUGACUUAGUCCAGGCUCUGCGAGUUAUUUUAGACACACCAGAAAAACGUUAUCUGUUUUAUAUGCUGGGGCAGGUCAUUCCUACGACCGAUCAGCGGCUUUACUGGCGGCACACAGACGGGCUCUUCCCCCGUCCUGGCAGCAUAAAUAGAUCAUCGAGUUUGCCGCCGAGAGGUCGAAACGCCAACAAGAGAACAACAGAACCACACGGUAAAACAGUAAAAAAAUCGUCCGGACAAACAUUUCCCGCUGAUGCGUACAAGGACGUCCGGAAAGUUAUUUUGAAAAAGUCCCCUCCCCCCGAGGAUGGAUUAGGGUUCAGUAUACGGGGAGGUUGUGAACACGGCGUCGGUAUUUUCAUUUCGCUCGUCGAGUCGUACAGUACGGCAGAACGCAUUGGGCUGCAACCCGGCGAUCAGAUACUACGAGCUAACGAUAUAUCCUUUGAAAGGAUAACACACGAGGAAGCUGCUCGGAUACUAAGAGUGUCUGCGACAUUAUCACUACUGGUAAAGUCUGUAGGGAGAGUUCCAGGAUCAUUUGUUUCACAACAAAAGUACACAUGGGUGAAUCCUGAAGGACGCAGUGUCUCACCGCCACCAGAUGUUGCCAUCACAGGACCCAAAAUGAAUGAGUCGGUGGGUCGUAGAAGUGGACUCAAUUUACUCAAAGAUGGAGAUGAGAGAAAGGUAAAUUUGAAUGUACAAGAUGGUCAGAGUUUGGGAUUAAUGAUACGUGGUGGCACAGAGUUUGGUUUAGGAAUCUAUAUCACCGGUGUUGAUGCGUUUUCUGUCGCUGACAACAAGGGUCUCAAGGUUGGGGAUCAAAUUUUGGAUGUUAAUGGGAUAAGUUUUCUUGACAUUGAGCACCAAGAAGCUGUGAACAUAUUGAAGUCUUCCAAACUAAUGGUUAUGACAGUUAAGGAUGUGGGCAAGUUACCUUAUGCACGAACUACCUAUGACCAAACGCAGUGGAUUAUGGGAGAUCAGCUGUCUCAGAUGGGUGAAGGAAUGGGGUCAAGGUCAAAUUCUGUCAUGAGCACCAACAAAUUGUCCAAUGGUGACUGUGUAUUAGAAAGACAAUCGUCUAAAUUUACUAAAGGAUUAGCGGGAUCACAGCUGAUGUGGAGUAGUAAUUUAUCAACACAUUCAUGGAGUAUGAUAGAAGAACAAGCCAGGUACCUACUGAAUGAAAAUGAGCGUUGUACAAUGAAGUACUAUCUAGAUGAAUACCAGCGUACUCAUAUCAGUGUCGAUGACCUCGUUAUGGCUCUUUUGGAGCUUCUCAAUACACAUUCCAAGUUUUCAUUGUUAUCUGAAGUGCGGACAUUUGUCGUACCACGAGAUAUUGAUAGAUUUGAUACAUUAGUACUAAAACGUGAGGUGGAAGCAAUGAAGGCUCGUCAACAUCGAGAUGGUUACACUAUGGAGCGGGCUUCGAUGAACUCAUUUGGCGAGUCCAUAUCAUCAGCAAGUCACUAUUCAUCUGCCUCCAUUGAUUCUAGACCAAUCACACCACCCAGGGUACCUCAAGAACUACCACCAAAUAUCAAGGUGAGCUAUGAUUCUAGUUAUCAUGAUUUUUAUAACAACUGUAUAAAUGCUGAUAGAAUCAAUGACGAUACUGAUGGUCUCCCAGAUUUUGAAUUGCCAGAUUUCAAUGAUUCUCAAACAACAUUUAAACCCAAGCCAAUCGUACCAAACAAGCCAAAGUCUUUAUCAACCAAUAAACAGACUGUGACUGCUGAUAUCCAUGUUAGUAAUCACGUAGACAACUUUCCUGAUGCAAUGUAUGACGAAACAAAAAGUCCAAGUGAAGAUAGCGGUGUGGACGUUCAUGUGGAGUCACAAACUAAAGACAGUGUGACUAUAUCACCAACUCCUCCAGUGACCAUUAACGACACCAUGCUUGAAAGCAGUGCUAGGCAUACUGGAAUGUGGGAAAUACCUCAUACUACUAACCACAUAGUAGAGUCCACAAGACGAAGAUCCACUGACUUAGAAAGAAGACAUAGUUUUGAUAGUGUAACUACAGAAAGUUCAACCCACAGUGGAACAGCAGCUUUUGAGCCUGUGCAAUCUCAUUUCAAAAGAAAUCAACGCAUCAGUGAUCCAACUCAUCAUGUACCCAAAGAGGAACAGAGACGAGUUGCAAGGACCAAGAAAGCGAGUGAAACCUUGUGUGAAUUGAGAAAACAGCCACCAAGCCCUGGUGUUUCUCCGCGUCCUACAAGUCCCAUAGAUAGCGAGGUGACCCAGAAUGUCUACAAAAAACCAUUACAUAGAACCCGUGCUGAAGUGAUUGUGCAUCGAUCAGCUAGUCCGGCUCCAGAACCAGCAGGAGAGAUGGUGGUCAUUAGGCGGUCACCAAGUCCAGUGAGGUCAAAGGUCAAAUCAGAGGAAAAAACAUUAAGCACAUUUAUGCCGUUGAGUGGCUCUGCAUCAGACUUGCGAAACAACAGAAACAACGGAGAGUAUUCCCAGUCUUCCAGAAUUUCAACUCCAUCAGAUUUUAACAGAAGAGAGACAUCUCCUAGUCCACCAAGAAGUCGGUCGUCAAGUACGUCCUCCAUUGAAAGCCUUGAUAGUACAUUAAAAGGAACACUCACAAGGAACGAAUCAUCAAAUGGCGACUCAGCAAGUUACACUGUCAGACACGACAGACAUGAGAUUGUGAUGCAUUCAGAAAAGUUACCAGAAAAUAGUACAUUGACCAGAACUCCUAAAAUACCAGAUAGUCCGAAAAUCAAACCAGCAAUAUCAGCAAAGCCAGUACCAAAACCAAGAAGCAAACCGCCACAAGUACCAAAGCCAUAUCAGUCCCUUGAGAGGGAAGGUGAACGUAAAGUGAUUGUUAUGAGCCAAUCAACGGAAUCGUCUCAGUCAGUGAACGGUGUUCAUAUGUUUUCAGAAGCUGAGAGGGGUGAGAGGAUUGAGAGGGGUGAGAGGAUUGAGAGGGGUAUUGAUGAUAGUCUACCAAUACAUUGUGAACAUGUGAUAAUUAGUAAGACCAAACCAACACUAGGAAUUGCUGUGGAGGGAGGUGCUGGAACAAAGCAACCUUUACCAAAAGUUAUCAAUAUUCAGUAUGGAGGUUCAGCAUACCAUAAUAGCAAUCUAAAACGAGGCCAUGUGAUCAUGAGUGUCAACGGUAAAAGUCUUAAAGGUCUACUUCACAGGGAUGCAGCUAAAGUUAUUGCAGAGGCCUUUAAAAACAAGAGUACAGAUACCAUGGAACUUGUAGUAGUCGAUACAAACAAGUACCCCCUUGGGUAUUGAUGUUGCACGACCCCUAUUAUAACAUGGUAUCACCCAAAUAUAGUUGAUGUGUGUGUGAAUUAAAUUUGGGUCCAAGUUUUUAUUUUGUUAUGAUUCAUAAUACAAUUUAUUUAAAGAUACAAGUGUGGACAUUUUGUGUGUACAUUUGGGGCACAGUAAUUGGUUUAGCCUUAUGCAUUGGAUUUACAUCUCAUUAGUUUGCAGCCAAUUAAGUUCAAGCUUCUAAGAUAUUGGGGAAAAGCUUGUCAUUGCAUUAUCCAUAUAGGUUGUAUGUUUACAUAGUUAUAAUUGAGACAAUUAACAAAACUUUUUUUUUUAUCAUCAGUCGAAUACAGGGUAUUAGCUUGCAUACAGAGUGAUACCUACUAGGGUGGAACUGUAACCAUCUAUGUCAUUGUCUUCUAGACACUGAACAUGCCAAGUUCACCAAUUCAAUGAUUUUACACAAGCUAUUUUGCAUUUUGACUCGCUGUAUAGUAGAAGUUCAAUUAUUUUGAUUGCUCUAUUAAUUUUCCAACCCGUUUCCAACACGAAAAUAGUGUUUGUUUGUUAUCUCUAACAAAUAACGACCAACUUACAUGUAGUUCUGUAAUGAACAGCCAUUACAAAACAGUAUGCCACUCAAAAUUUAUUCCAAGUGUAUAUGUAGAUUCUGUUUUCCAGACUAAAUUUGUUAAUUUGCAGUGUUUAAGUCAUAAAUGAAUACUGUCAACACAACAAACCCAUUCCCUUGAUUUUUAGAAAUAUUCAUGAAUGUCAAUGACAGUGCAAUCAGCUAAUCAGUGCACAAUGAUGUCAUUUAAAAAUGUCCCAAUAUUAUUCCAUCAGCCAAUAGAAGCCUCUCAUUCCAAUUUAAAUUAACCGAUAUUUAAAAAUCAUGUCGAUUUUUAAACUAAAUUGUUUUUUCUAGUGUGAAAGUUUUUUAAAGGGUUUCAGCUGACUGUUAGAGUAGUCACAAAUGUGAGUGAUUUGAUCGUUGUCGCACACUAAAAAUAUACCUUAUUAAUUUCAAUACAAAUUCCAUCAUUUCCGACCACCACUGAAUAUUUUUUUUAUAUUUCCAAAAUUUAGCUUCCGAGAUCAUAAGCAAUACCGUAGUAUGAGUCACUUUGUAGCAGCUACCCAUGUGUACAUGCUAAUUUUUCAAAAUUUUAUCAAACAAAUAGUUUCUGAAGGCCAUGUUAUUUUGUCAAAAGUGCAAUUAACGAAAAAUCCAUCCGAACUAAAAUGUUAAACUUACCUAGCAUUUUCAAAAACGACAUUGUUGUUGAUUAUUCUGUUUUGGUUAAGGUUCUCAUUUGAAUUAUAUUUGAGUUAAUUUGUUCUAUCAAAUUUUGUAACUACCAACAGGAAAUAGGGUUUAAGAUAAACAGAGAAAGUUUAUUAUAUAUUUAAGAACUAUUGUUCUAUAUUGACUGUGGUCAUGUUUUAUUUCAAUUAUUUAUUUUUAUUAUAUUUCCUUCUUUCCUGUUGUUAAAUUUGUUUGUAACAGAAAUUCAGAUCAAUCUUUCAUAUGCAAAUAAGUUUAGACCAUUGUAAUAGGGUGUGCAGGUAAUAUGUAGGUGAGCACUAUAUCAUGGCAGUUGUUCGGACACAACCAUUGUAAUAGAGGGAGGUGCAGGCAGUAUGUAGGUGAGCACAAUAUCAUGGCAGUCAUAUGGACCCAACCAUUGUAAUAGAGGGAGGUACAUGCAUAUAUAGGUGAUCAAUGUAUCCUUGCAGUCAUAUAGACCCAACCAUUGUAAUGAAGGGGUGUACAGGCAACAUGUAGGUGAUCAAUGUAUCCUUGCAGUCAUAUAUACCCAACCAUUGUAAUGAAGGGGUGUGCAUGUAAUAUGUAGGUGAUCACUAUGGCAGUCAUAUAGACCCAACCAUUGUAAUGAAGGGGUGUGCAUGUAAUAUGUAGGUAAUCACUAUAUAAAAGCAGUCAUAUGAACCCAACCAUUGUAAUAGAGGGAGGUUCAGGCAAUAUGUAGGUGAUCACUAUAUCAUGGCAGUCA